AUGUUCCAGGAAUGGUGGAAUGAAGUAACCGAGCUUGACAGGCUUGUCAUUCCUCGACCAUAUUUUGACGAGCUGGAGAUUCAGCAGCUGGAAGUACAUAUAUUCUCUGAUGCAAGCCCAAAGGCAUAUGGUUCGGUCGCAUAUUUCAAGAUUAAAUACCAUGACAAAUGUACGACAAGUUUUAUAAUUUCAAAAUGUCGUCUAGCUCCACUGAAGAAAAUUACUUUGCCGCGAUUAGAACUACUAGGAAACUCGAUUUCCGCCAGAUUGUCUGAUUACAUACGAUCCACGCUUUCUUCUCUGAAAGAAAGUGACAUUUUCAUGUGGACAGAUUCCACAAUAUGUCUACAUUGGAUUAGAAUUGUUCGCAAUAGAGUGUUGGAAAUCGAAGAAAAGACAAAUCCAUAG